CUCCAACUUUUUCCAGGGUAUGGGGUUUCUUUACAUGUCAACACCGCCAGUCCUCGCCAGUUCCAUGGGCACCUGCAAAGACUACGAACCAAAUUGUAUAUGCGGCACUCAAAAAGUUUUGUUCUACACGGCCUUGGCAUUGUUAGCUGUAGGAAUAGCUGGUCACAGCGUCUCUCUGUAUCCUUUCUUUGUUAAACAGAGAACGAACUUUGACAUUGAUGACGGCAAUAAAAUUUAUUUUCAGAUACUAGGCAUGGUUAUGGUGACCAUUGUGCCACCAAUAAUUGGAGCUAUUAUUCUACCUCGCAUAAAACCAUGGUCAAUCCGCUUUGGAAUUCCGGCAAUCUGUACUGCUGUUGCGACACUUCUAUUCUUGAGCGGCUCGUGUUCGUACAUUAAGCCUGAACCACAGGGGAGUCCAUUGACAAAUGUUUGCAGAGUCUUUGUGGCCUCUACUUUUAAGAUAUCGCAACAAUUUCCUCUUGAUGAUAAAAAACUUUAUAGGAAAGAUGGCCCUGAGCAUCAGUCAUUUUCCCGUACUCGUGUUCUCAGGGCUUAGAGAAGGCUGCCAUCAUAUUGCGUGAUAAAAAUCUAGAAGAACAGGAAAAGAAUAGGUGGAGGCUUUGCACAGUUGCAGAAGUAGAAGAAGCGAAAAUUGUUGUUCGGAUGGUUCCAAUGUGGAUGACAUUCAUAGUUUGUGGGAUCGUAUCUUCUAUGGGAAACACGUACUUCCUGGAACAAGCAAAUCACUUGGAUCGAAAGCUUGGAAAAUGGAAAAUUCCUCUUCCUGUGUUUCUCCUGCUGUUUAACUUUGCGAAAGCACUGUUUUCCAUAUCCUGCGCCCGUUUGGCAAGCUACUUUGCUGGAUGUAAAAAGUAUGCACCUCCCGUUGGAAUUGCAGUGGCUAUGGUAUUCUCAGUACUGUGUUGCAUAACUUCUGCCAUAAUAGAGAUUCGACGGCUGAAAGUGAUUAGAAGACACGAUUUACUCGACAAGUCUGAAGACGAUAUCCCAAUGAGUAUAUUUUGGCUCCUUUACCAGUUUUUCCUUCUUGCUGGCCUGGUCUCGUUUAUCGAGAAGAGCUCAGUUGCUUUCUUCAAGGAUCAGGCUCCCAAAUCAAUGAUAAAUUACCUCCAAUACUCGAGUAGAGGAGUAUCUGGUCUAGGAUUCAUAGGGGGUGUGCUUUCGGUUUAUGUGGUUGGUAAAAUUAGUGAGAAGGGUGGUAGACAAAACUGGUUCCAGUAUACGUUGAACAAGAGUCGACUAGAUCGAUAUUACUGGGUGCUUGCAGCCUUGAGUUCAGUAAAUAUGCUUGUGUUUAUUUUAAUUGCUUACAUUUACAAAUACAAGGAGCUGGAGCCAGAGCCAGAGCCAGAGCCAGAGCCAGAGCCAGAGCCAGAAGAAGGAGAUAGUGAAUGGCCGGAGAAUCUGAUCAAAGAGAGGCUGAGUAAAUGGCCCGAAGCUCUUGUUGCUGUGGUUACGCUUUUUCUGAUAUUGUAGUAUGAACAUUCCACUUAUGCAAAUUGUAUUUGCUCUUUUUGUGUGCACUGAGGUUCUGGAAGAGUUUGUACACAGUAUUAAAUAAAAAUCAUUAAAUGGAGAAUUGUUGCAGAUGGUUCUGUAAUUUCAUUGAUGAUCUUUUAAUUGUAUA